GGUAUCUGAUCAAUUCUCACCUUCAAACAAUCCGUCAUUGCAUUUGUUGUGAUCAUGGCGCUCGUCGACCAAGCCGCUACAUUCCUACACCAAUACGUCUACUCAUGGCUGCACACCACCCCCAGUAAAACCCCCGACGCAUUGAAACUGGGCGUCAUCUCAACCGCCCAAAUCAACCCUGCAGCCAUCAUCCACCCCGCCGAAUCCCACCCAUCAGUCAUCCUCCACGGCAUCGCCUCGCGCGAUCUCUCAACAGCCCAAAAGCACCAGAGAAAGUACCAUUUCAGCAAAGCCUACGGCUCGUAUCAGGAUCUCCUGGACGAUCCGGACAUCGACAUCGUGUACAUAUCCACGCCGAACGGGCUGCACUACGAGUGGGCGGCGAAGGCGCUCAAGGCCGGGAAGCAUGUGCUCUGCGAGAAACCGUUUACGGCGAAUGCGGACGAGGCGAAGAAGUUGGUGGCGCUGGCGCGGGAGAAGGCGCUGAUUGUUGAGGAGGCUUUCCAUUGGCAGUUCCAUCCGGCUGCGCAUGCAUGGCGCCAGAUCCUGGAUUCGAGGGAAUACGGGAAGAUAAUCUGUACAAAGGCCGCUAUGACGGCCAGUCCUGGUGUCCCCGGGGGUGAUAUCCGGUGGAAGUUUGACCUGGCGGGCGGCUCGGCAAUGGACAUGACCUAUGCGCUGUCAUUUACCCGCUAUGCGCUGCAUGCGCAGCUGCCGCAGGAGAUCAUCUCCGUCAGCGUCCGGCCGUCCAAGGAUGACCCGCGCGUGGACGCGGCCAUGUACGCGCACAUCGACUUCCAAGGCCCGGACGGCAACCCCGUGCACAGCCGCGUAUACACGGACAUGGCGCGCGAGAAGGUCGCGGGCGUGAUUCCGCGGGUCUGGGAGUUACCGUCCAUCGAGGUCGAGACGGAGAAGGCGAUCAUCUACUACUAUAACGCUAUGAUGCCGCAUCUGUACCACUACAUCUCCAUCCAGGACAAGACGACGGGCAAGCACGGGGAGAAGGGCGGGAAUCCGCACUGGAGUACGUAUCGAUGGCAGCUGGAGGCGUUUGUGGAUGCGGUUAAGGGGAAGACGCCGGCGUAUUGGGUCAGCGGGGAGGAGAGUAUCUGGCAGAUGGAGUCGAUUGAUUCCCUGUACAAGGCGGCCAAUUUGCCCGUGCGGCCGUCCCAAGGGACCAAGCUGGGAUAG